GGUAGUUCUGCAACUAGUCAUCUUGAAAGGUGUUGGUUCAAAUGCAAUAUUAUUAUGGGGGUAUACAUUUCUAAAAUGUUGUCCUUUGCAAUUUCUUAUUGUAUAAGUCAAGAAAACUUAUUCAAAUCAAUCCAAAAGGGAGACCUUAAAACUGAACUAUUUUGUAAGGGAAAAGAAUAAAUCACUCUGUAUAGAAACGCAAGUUAAACAGUUUACACAAAUGUUCAGGCUCUGAAACAAGUUUAACCUCAACAGAAACCAAUCGAUCAAAAACUGAUUUAAAGUCAUAUUGACACCUGAAAGAGAAUAACUGUUACAGUAUACAGUCUAAAUAUAAAAGAUGCUAUAAGCUAGGAAUUGUUUAUUCAAAAUGUCAUGAGGAAUUAUAAAAUUAAUAAUGUUAAGUGUUUAGUAUAUCACAUAUAACUUUUGUACAAGAUGAAGAAGGAGCAGACAUUGUAGCACUACAUCAUACAGCAUUUUCCAACACCCUACAUCCAUGAAGACAAUAUAGUGCGCAACACUCCUGAAAGAUGGCAGCAUCGGGCACUACUCCAAGUGACCUUGACCUUAUUCCUGGAAUAGAUGACCAAUCAGCUGCAAUUCAAGCCUAUUAUUUAUUCACCAUUGCGUUUAUUGGUGUCAUCACAAAUAUAUACGUGGUUGUCAGUAUUCUGUUACGGAAGAGAUUACGUGUCUCGAAAAGUGCAUUUCUGAUCCAUGGAUGCCUACUGAAUUUAGGAUUAUGUUUGUAUAAUAUCCCAUUUGCAGUCAGUUUGAUCUCAGAACACCGACUGCCGCCACAAGCUUGUGAAACAGUCGGAUCAACUUUUGUAAUAAUCGUUACAACAUCUGUAUUCAACAUGGUCGCUAUCGCCAGCUCUGAAGCUUACGUAUUUGUUGAACGGAAUCUCAACUCGGAGCAAAGUGGCUCCAUCUGUUGUGUGAUUUUUAGCCUCAUGACGGAAUAUAUUGGGAGCUUGAUUCUUCACCUUGGACCUACCAUAAUUGGUGGAACUUUCGACUACAAUUCCAAAAUCGGUAACUGUAUGAUACAUUACGGAAUGGUGAAAAGCUAUAUAUCAUUUGCAAUGUGGGUAUCCAUAGUAACAGUAGCCAUAUUUGGUGUUACAUACUACUUAGCAAUGUUUUAUCGUCACAUAAAAUCAACAGCCAGACACAUGAUUGACAUCGCCAUGGUGACAUCACAAAACAAUAAUCUCCACGGAGAAAUGACAAUACAAGGGGUAAAGGACCUCAUUACAAACUCUCUUAGCCGAUUACGAGUUUUGGUCGGGUCAACGAUUGUCUUUGUAAUAUGCUGGUAUCCACUUUACAUACUUUCAAUGGUAGAUUGGAAUUACACACAAUCAGCCGUGGCUUAUAGAGUCCUUACCCUAGUAGCUUGUACAUAUCCAACAAUAUUCCCGAUAAUCUUAAUUGUUUUUGAUCGAGGGCUCAAUAUUUGUGGACAAUGCAUAGACUGGGAUAGAAUCUUUAACAGGAGGGGGAUAACCCCCAGAGAGCGACUAAUACAGCAAAGCCUGAGAGAGUCUUCCCCCAGGAGUCAACGUGUGGGGUGCAGACUCAGUGCAAAGACCCCCCUACCCCCAGUGUCAUGUUGUAACGGGGGCAAUAUCAAACCACCACUGUGCGCCAAUAGGUUCUCAUACUGUGAGAUGCACAGUAGCGAUGUAUAACGCACCAACUUUUUCAUUUCGGGGGACCUUACUUUUUACAGAUAUAUUUUCAGUACCUGCAUAUUGGAGCAAUCAUAAUUUAGGCAAUUUUCAAACAAAAUAUUUUUUGUAUUUUAUAUGUACUUGUACAUGUGGACUGAAAAAUUAUUUGUCGAAAGUAGAGAAAGCAUACGGUCUCCCAAUAUGUUAAAGUGGUACUAAAAUGCAAAAUACAAAUGUGUGAUGGCACAAAACAGUAAGGUGCAACUAAGUUAAAUAAACUAACGAAUGUAAAAUACUGCACAUACUAAGGCAUGAACAAUUUUAAUGUCAGAACAUCGAGACCAUCGUUAACAAGAAGAUUCCUCGUGAACAAAGACAGUGAUAUGCAAAAUCUUUUCCAUAUUUUAGUUAGUGAAAAUAUAGGAUCAAAUCCUAUGCUAAGGGCUGAUGUGAAAAAGUCACUCCACCCUUGUGGGAAUCGAACCCACAGAGCAUAAUGAUUUGUGAA